AUGGCGAGCAUCGACCGUUAUCCCCCUUCGGCUCCCCGAACCCCCGGUCCCCAUAAUAUAAGCCAAUGGUUCUUUACGUCUGAAGAGGUUCUGAGCACGCCUUCUGUCUUGGAUGGAAUCCCGCCUGCCGAGGAGAGGCUCCGCCGGGCCAAGGGCGUCAACUUCAUCUAUCAAGCUGGCGUCUUGCUUGAUCUGCCUCAGAUCACCUUGUGGGUUGCAAGCGUAUUUUUCCAUCGCUUUUACAUGCGCUACAGCAUGGUGGAGGAGAAAAGCGGCAUACAUCACUACAAUAUCGCCGCAACUGCCCUGUUCUUAGCCAACAAAACCGAAGAAAACUGCCGGAAGACGAAGGAUAUUAUCAUUGCUGUUGCCCGUGUCGCGCAGAAGAACUCGCGUCUCAUUAUCGAUGAGCAAAGUAAGGAGUACUGGCGCUGGAGAGACAGUAUCCUCAUGUACGAGGAGCUUAUGCUGGAGCUUCUUACGUUUGAUCUCAUGGUCGACAACCCUUAUCAGCGUCUCUUCGAAGUUCUCGGCCAGCUCGACCUAGCGCAUAACAAGACCCUCCGGCAGUCCGCCUGGACGUUUUGCAAUGAUGCUGCCAUCUUCUUCGCGAGCGCCCACACCCGGCAGCAGAUCGACGACGUCAAUGGAGAGCCGUGGUGGCGCUUCCUUAACGGGGACGAGAGCCGAUGUGUCAGCGCCAUAAAGGUCAUGCGGCAAUUUUACACGGAGAACCCGCUGAAGAAACAAAAUCCUUCACUUCCAUCUCCCGCAUUCCUCCUCGAAAAUACUAGGAGGAGAGACGAGAUUCCUCCCAGCCAGACACCGCCGCCGUCAGCAACCCCCAUGGGGGAUCGAUACACGCAAAGCCCUAGGCCUCACGCGAAUGGCGGCGCUGGGGCUACUUCCGAGUCGAGCCAGCAGGUUACGACACACCGGUUCAACGGCAAUGAUUCGCCCACCUCCACUAAGAGAAAGGGGUCAGACUCGGAUGGAGAAUCCGAGGGCCGGGCCUCGAAGCGGCCGAGGUCAUCUGAGGACGAGGAGGGCGAAGUCCCCGAAUCGUAA